GCCAUUCCUGUAAGAGGCGGACCAGAAUCUCUGUGCAGGCUCAGGUGUAGUGUUAUGGUUACAUUCUAAAUUACAAUGCCCUUCCCAGAGCAGUCAGCAUAACAUGAAGUGCAAUGCUAUGGAGCUAUACCUCACAGAUGUCCAUCCGAUAUAGCUGGGCUUUUCUCAUCAGUCAGUGCUUUGUGGUGCAGAUCGUACUUGCAGGUAAGGCUAAUUAACAUUUGUGAUUACACUGUUUUGUGUCUCAUGUGAACUAUAUAUCAAGGUGAUCAUAUUGUAAGCUUGUUUGGGCAUGUUCCGCUGAACUUUCUGUUGCUGUAUGUCCAGCUUUUACUUGUUCCAGUUACUUGUUUGUCCAUCUAUUGUACAGCGCUGUGGAAUAUGUUGGUGCUUUAUAAAUAAUAUUAAGUAGUAUCCCUAAUAUAAAAUUGUAAUUAAAUAGAAAACCAUAGAGGCAGCAGAUCGGUAGCAAGUUUUAUCAGCCUCAGAGAUAUGGAAUGCAGUAGUGCCCCCGUAUUCAUUACUAGUUACUCUAUGAAUUGUACAGAGGAACAUGGCACGAGAGAGCAUGUAAAACAUGAACAUCUGUUAUAGUGACUGGAAGCAAAAAGUUACACUAUAUAGACUGUUAAUAAAAAUCAGUAGACAGGCAGAAACUGACAGAUCACUAAACAGAAACCUCAUGACUAGUGACUGGAUAAUAAAAGAAGGCAGACUAUAGCAAUAUGAGCAGGUAUUACUGUUAUUCGGUAAAAAGAUAGGAAAUUGAAUGCUGCGAGGCAGCCAGGAAACCUUUCAUCAUUUUGGGUUAUCCCCUUGUUGGAGGCUAGAGAAUUGUAUACACUGUUCUAUUCACACAGUUAAGGUUAACCAUUGCAGUGCUGUCAGGGUUUUAAAUGGGGUGCAAAGCUCCUCUGACUGUGAAUAUGAAUUUAUUUCUCUCUCUCUUUUUUUUGUUAGUUAGUUAAAACAAGUACUAGCAGGGAGUGCCUUUUAAGAACCGUUCGUGAAUAAUGUGAAAAUGUCAGACAUGCUGUAUGUCAUGGACUUACAGGGAAAGUCCCUAGUUUAAUCCCUGCCUUUGUAUUAAACUGCAUUUUUUUCCAUUGAUAGAAAGGUCAGUGUAGCUAUGUAUGACAAUAUUACACAAAAUGUUACUUAUUUUUCCAUUUUUAGGAACAUUCUAAAUCACAUUGAAACUUACAUAGUUACAGUAAUAUGGGUUGAAAGAAAAUUCAAAUACAUGAAGUUCAACAUUUAAAACAUCUUUGUAUGUUGUUGUUCCAAAAAAAAGGCAUAGAAAAAACAAUUUGACCUGUUUUUGUAACUUUAUGUGUGUCACUGGGUGUAUCUGUGUGUCUGUGUAGCUACGUGUCUGUAUGUGCAUAUCUGUGUAUAUGUGUCAGUGUGUGUAUCUGUAUGUCUGUAUCUGUAUGAGUGUCAGUGUGUUUAUCUGUAUGCCUGUAAUGUCAGUUCUACCCCAGUGAUGUAGGACAGUGUGUAAAUCUGUAUGUCUCUGUAUAUGUAUGUGUGUGUGUCAUUGUUUGUAUCUGUGUUUCUGUAUGUGUGUAAGUGUGUGUUUGUGUGUAUAUAUAUAUAUAUAUAUAUAUAUAUAUAUAUAUUAAAAUGGGGUGUGUCACUGUGCGUGUCUGUAUAUGUGUCAGUGUGUGUCCAUCUGUAUGUGUCCGUGUGUGUAUCUCUAUGUUUGUAAGUGUUUGUAUCUGUGUAUCUGCAUGUGUGCCAGUGUGUGCAUCAGUGAGUCUGUGCAAUUGUAUGCGUAUCAGUGUUUGCAUCUGUAUGUCUGUGUAUCUGCAUGUGUGGCUGUGUUUGUAUUUGCACAUCUGUAUGUGUCACUGUGUAUGUAUCUGUAUCUCUAAGUGUGUCAGUGUUUGUAUCUCUGUAUCUGCAUGUGUUCAGUGUGUAUUAGUGUGUCAUGUGUCUGUACAUCUGCACGUGUGUCAGUGUUUGUUUCUGUGUGAGUGUUUGCACCUGUGUGUCUUUGUGUGUCUGUAUCUGUAUGUAUAUCAGUGUUUUUAUAUGUGUGUCCGUACAUCCACAUGUGUCAGUGUUUUUAUCUGUGUAUAUGCAACUGUGUCAGUGUGCGUAUCUGCAAUACACACAUGGAAGGCGGAGCCUGUAGUUGUGAGAGGGGAUAUUGAUAUAAAUACACAGGUCACCCCUCCCUCUGAAAGGAGUAUUAGGUUGCGCCAAAAAGUAGAUAUAGCAAAAUCAAAAAAUUGUAGUACAACAAUCAAUAAAAAUUUAAAUCUAUACAUAUAAAACAGGUAAAAUACAUGUAGAUGAUGUGGUAAGUACUUACAAAUAGCAGUACAUACAAAGAAGGAUAGAUGAAAAGUCAUAAAAUAAGCAAGGGUUAAUCAAGUCCGCUUGAGGGAAAGAAACAGUCCUUGUAGGAUUAGGGAAACGGAUGUGACGUCUUGUUCCAGGUGCCAAUAUGCAAGAGAAAACAAGAUAAAAGCUCCAAUGGUAUAGAUAGUUUUUUCCGCUUCUUUGUAGAAAUGCAGAGUUAAAAGGUAUCACACUCACCUAUAUUAGAGCUAAAACUAGCUCGGGUGUGCUUCGCGUUCAGUGGUACUGGUCCCCCACUGGUGGGAUGUAGACGUAUAUACGUGGCCGAAAUCCUCGGGAAAGAAGAGGAUAACACAGAAUAGUGCUCACUGUAUGAAUAGAUAUUUAAAAAGGAGUAAAAUGUGUAUAAAAUACUCACAUUUAAGUGUGCAGGAAAUACUGCUCACUAAUAUGGCGUAGGUGGUAUCAUCCCAACCUGGGAUUCUUGAACGUAAAGUAAUAAUAACCAGGUCCAGAAAAUAAUAAAUAAAUCAAAUAUAGUAAAUAGAAAAUAAAAAAAGAUAUUAUCAAAGAUAAAAGAUAGAAUAUAGGCCAAUAAUACUUUAUUGAUAAAAUGUAAAAAAUAUAUAUAAAAUAGCCAAAACGCAUUUCGCCACACAGGGCUUUUUCAACUGGCAAUAAGAAACAGAGACCUGGUUCACAAUGGUUUAAAUAACCUCUCAAUACAUUAACAAUUUCAAAAUUGGCGCUAAAAUGACAUCAUAAUUUAUGCAUAAAUUAAUAGUGCAGCAUAUAUAUGAUAAAACAAUGAUUCUGAUAUAAAUGAAGCUUCAUGGGGGUAAUAAAACAAAAAGACAUAAAAAACAUGUAAAAUAAUAAGUAAGGAAUGCACAAAUUAAUGUAUAGUAUAAUUAUAAAAACGAAGGGUUAUUGUGUUGCUUGCGGUCAUGUGACCGCAAGACAGCCAAUAGCAUAAUCAUAAAAACGUAAUGGAGCAGAGGGGAAAGUGGGAAAUGUAGGCUAAGUGUACUUCCGGGUACCGGCGGUCACGUGACGCGGAAGAACCAAUAGCGUUCUAGCAUCUAAUCACCUCCCUCUUGGCUGAGACUGGACUGGAGACCCAGUUCAAAGGUCAUCAACACAAACUGCCUAACCCCCAGACAAGCUGGUCUUGGCCUAGUUUAAUACGUCAAUUUUCUAAUAUACGAGGGUCAAAGAAAUACAACCUUUCAUACUGCAUUCCAAUAUUACACAUGGCCUCGUUAGGCCCACGCAAGUCUUUUCCCUCUCUUGGCACACACCCGAAAACCUGGUACCUAUCACUAUGCAUUUAACAUAUCCAGGCUUCUUUGGUCUGUCACUAUUUUAACUCUUUAGUACCUCCACCUUAAGGCACUUGCUAGUUCUGGUAUUUCACUUUCUACAGUACACUAUGGGAUUUGAUUAAUGUGAUGGUUGGGAUUUUUCAGGGUGUUCUUUCUCAUACACACUUCAGGUCCUUCUGGUGGAAUGAUGUGCCUAAAUUCGGUACAAACAGGUAUUGGUCGGGGCUUUUAAUGAAAACUGUUCAUUUUCAGUUACUCAAAAAAAUGAAAAUCCAGCGCACUCGCUUAUCUACCUAACAGUCAUUUUAGUGCUAAACAAUUUUCAGUUUUAUUAAAAACACAUAAUCUAGGCAAAAAUAUAUAAUGGGGGUUUAGUUACAGUAUAUGAUCAUACAUUGCAUAAGCCUGCCACAACGCCAAUGUACCCCAUCUUUGGCAGGUCCUACUCUGUUUGCUAAAUGAGCUACUCACUUGGGGAAAUCCUUCCAUCUCGAGGUCUCUGCAGUACAAUGCUUAAAUAGGAUCCUGAGAUGAGGCACCUGUAACAGGGAGGGGUGCAAAACCCAUGGAGCUGGCUAGACUCCUAAAUAUAUACAUAUAUGAGAAAAUAAGGGUUUGGCUGCACUCACCUACACAUGCUAAAUUAGGGUGCUGCUGGGGGCCAAUAAGUACAGUAAAAAUGAAAAUCCAGCGCACUCGCUUAUCUACUAAACAGUCAUUUUAGUGCUGAACAAUUUUCAGUUUUACCCCAUCUUUGGCAGGUCCUACUCUGUCUGCUAAAUGAGCUACUCACUUGGGGAAAUCCUUCCAUCUCGAGGUCUCUGCAGUACAAUGCUUAAAUAGGAUCCUGAGAUGAGGCAUCUUCAGUUACUCCACAUGUCUGCACUGUUAUGUUUUAUAAUAUGCCUUUCUGUCACUGUGCCACUUGCGGCUGGUUAUCCUAAACUUGAUAAUUUGGGAACCGCACGCUCACCUACUGACAUAUACUUCACUUCAUUGCAUAUCUGGGGGUAUAGUCAACUGAGCCAUUUAUCACACUGUUUAAUAGCCUUUGUUAGUUUGGUAACAGAUAUUAAUAGAGUAAUAGAGUAUUUUGGGUUCUGGGCUCCUUGCACUUACUUUACUUACCUUACCGGCAAACUGGUGCAUUUUCAUUGGUGUUCGUGUCGUAGUUCUGAAUUAUGAACUACGUUCUUGGUUCUCUCUCUCUCUGGUUGGAUUUUGGUUUUGGAUCUCGGUAAACCUUUUUCUUUUGCCCUCCACUUUCCAUUUACCUAUUCUUACCAUCAAUUUCUAGCAUAGCUUUCAUUUAUCUGCCAGGUGCAUAUCUUAUCAUGCCACAUUUAUUCUUUUGUAUUUACAUUUUUUAAGUCACCACGUAAGUGACUUGCUUUACGUUACUACCUCCAUUCUUACAAUAACCACGCGCUCUACAAAACUUAUCUUUAGCUUGGACUGGCUGUUAGGGUACCCUAAGUGGCCAUAAGUAGUUUUUGGCUUCUUGUACCAUUAUAUAGCUGUCCUGCGAGGCCAACUCCCAUCCUCAACUACAGAGGUAUUCGCCCCUCGGGCCAAAUCAUAGUUACUGCCUCGCAUCUCCGCCCUCUUGGCAAAGCAGAUAGGGCCUCACCCGUCACAGCCAACUUAUUUUGAAUCUCUUUAAUCCUCACCGAGAGGCCAACGUUCGGUGCAAAACAUACCCAACGGGCCAAAUCAUUGGUAGAGCCUCUCAUCCCCACUUGGCAACUAGUUAGGUUCCCAAGUCACCAAUUUAGCUUAACUGUUUCACCACUUGGUAUAACAUAGGUCAGCCAGUAUCUUUGUGUUAUAGAGUAUCUCCCACUAACCAAUUUUCCCUUUCAGGUAUGGUUAUAAAUGCUGAUAAAAUGUAUUGAUGGUUUAAUGUAGACACGUAUUAAGGUGUUAGACUAUAAACUUUUUGCCCUCUUUUUACCGGCCUACCCGAAUGUCGGUUCCAGCACUCCACAACCGACUUGUGCACCACUAACAUAACUCGGCUUAUUGUCCCUGACCACAAAUAUAGAUAGAUAGAGAGACAUGGGGAUCUUGAUGCUGGGAAUCCUAGGGAGGAGUAAAGGAGAGAUGGGGCAGAGAAAAAUGUAUGCAUUUGAAAUAGCAGCAACUAUACUAAUUACAAAAAGUUUGCUAAUAUGAGGGGUACAGUUUAUGGAAAUGCCAAAGGGUACACAAGUGGUCUAUAUGAUAGAUAGCUAUCUCCUACAAUUACAUUGGAGCUAUGUGGGAACCUUCAGAGCUCCUACAUACCCAGGUCUCAAUCACAAAAUCUGCCCAAGAAUAGAAAAUUAACCCAUACAAAAUAUAGGGAAAAUGGAAACAUAAACAUACCAUUUGGAGAUUUUAUUCUUCAGUUAUGCACAGAAUUGAUGCUGAUAAUGCAGAAGUGUAAAUUCAGCAUUACCAGGUGGAUACAUUAGGGAUGAAAAUUGUCGGCCCUCACACCACAAAGGCAGAUGUAGUUCCAGAUAAAAAAAAUAAGUAAAAAGAAAGCUAUUAGCCAGACAAAGAUUACAAUCUCACCGGGCCUUAGAAAAGUUACUGGUUUGGGUCCUAUCUUCGUCCUUCACAUAGGAAUGGUGAAUGAGUCCAAGAAAAUUCAUGGUUCCAGGCAGUGGUGUACAUACAAUACAUGGGGCCCCGGUGCGAAUCUGAUCCGUGGGGCCCCCCUCUCCCUCCUGAUCCAUGGCCCAUCCCCCCUGACACAUAGAUACACACAGACAGAUAUACAGACACACACACAUACAUACACUCAUACAUAAAUACAGACACAUACAUACACACAUAGACACACAUACACACACACACCCCCGACAGACAUACACACAGAAACAUACAUACAUACACACAGACAUACAUACAGAGACACAAAUACAUACACACCCCCGACAGACACAAACACACUUUUAUUAAGGGUUAGUAAGUAUAUAGGGGUGUAUAUAAAAAAUACCCCUCUCUGUCUCAUUAGAGAUAUCUUUGCCAGAAGCUCAAGGAAGCAAGAUAAAAGGUCCGUGUAGGACCCACCUGAUGGGGUUUGCCUUGACGGGGCAGGCAGGCAUUCUCUCCAAUGGCCAUUUGAGUAACUAAAUAACCUCCAAUAGUUUAAAUAUACAUAGAGAUUUAGGAGAGAGUGCAGUAACUUUUUCUUUUGUUUUUAAUGUAUGUAUUGGGGCUGAUGUGUACUGUGGUCGUUGUUGCUGCAAAGGAGCGAUGGGAGUGAGCGCAGGACUUUAUUUUUAUUUUUUAUUUUUUAAAUCUAUUCCAGUAUACAAUACUAAUUGACUCCCAAUAUACACUUAUUUUAAUACAACACCUGUCAUAAUAUACAUUUGAAAACUUUGUUAAAUUUUCUCCUGUACAAAAUCCAAUUCAAUUAGGGAGAAGUAGACUAAAAAAAAACCAAUCCCAUAGUGAGAAAAACACAUCUAAAUUAGUGACAAAAAGUAAUCUCAAAGUGAAAUGUAUUUAAAUACAUAGGGGUGUGUCUGUGAUAGAACAAUAUUAGAGCUCCUACAGAUAAUAGAUUAUUGACUAAAACAGUUGUUACUAGAAUGGAGAAUUACUCCUAUUUGAGGUUAGGGUGGAUGUACCGAGCAUAUCAGAUUAUUUAAAGUAUAGUCCUAAUGGACAACUGGAGGAUGACAUACAAUGGUUUCUUAUCGCUAUUUACUGUGCUAGUAUUUUGUAUAUUGCAAUUGUAAUUAAGUGUUAUCCAUGGCUGAUUUAUCUGUUAUAAACCUAUUGUCAAUCUAAAAAUAAUUAAUUGAACCAAGUGUAGUCCUACUAAAUUCACCUAAUAACCUAAAUUAUUAAAUAUUAUAUCUACCCCUAAUUAUGACAGUACUCAUAAUUCAUUUAAUGAAAGUAAAAUAAGUAAUUUGUACUCUGAUCAUUUUGCAUUAUUAGACAGUUAGCAAAAGGGAUAUUUUAAUUUUAAAUAAACAAAUGUAAUGUAUGGAAGGUUGCUCAAUUAUUUUCCCACAAAUAGAAUACAAAGUUUCAAAAGGAUAGCAAUUUUUUAUGCAAAAGUAAAGAUUAUUCAGAUAGCCAAAGCUAUUAACCAAAUUACAUACUGAAAAGGUUGCUAUAGUAAUAAAUGCCCUGACACUAUUAGGUUAAAGGACCGCUAUAGUGCCAGGGAAACACACUUAUUUUCCUGGUCCUAUAUAGUCCUUAGGUCCCCCCACCCUCAGGGCCCCCGUCCCGUUGGGCUGAAGGGGUUAAAACCCCUUCAGCCACUUACCUUAAUCCAGCGCCGGGCUCCAUCGAUGCUGGUGACCUCUCCUCCCCCUCCGACGUCAGCUCCCGAGUGGAGCCAAAGGCGCAUUACUCAAUGCUUUCCUAUGGACGUUCUGCAUGCUCAAUGCGAUUUUUGCGUUGAGUGUCGCGGGAGCGCCACUAGCGGCUGUCAUGAAGACAGCCAGUAGAGGCUGGAUUAACUCUGCAAUGUAAAAAUAGUUUCUUUGAAACUGCUACAUUUACAACUGCAGGGUUAAAUCCUGGGGACCUGGCACCCAGACCACUUCAUUGAGCUGAAGUGGUCUGGGUGAUUAUAGUGGUCCUUUAAAGAUAGCAGCUAAAAAAUCAGUAGCUAGAUGUAAUAUUUGUAUUGCAGUAAGAAAAAUUAGGACUAGAAGACUUAUUGUAUAUGGAAUUAAAAAAGCAUGAAAUGUACUCUCUAAUAAAUAAAAAAAAUAAUUCAAAAAACCCUAGUAGCAUUUUACCUCUGCACAAUGCACUGCCCCUGGAGUCUCGAAAUGGAUCUCCUAUAUUAAACAGCCCAAAAUAUUAGUUAGAUAGCAAAUCCCAGAUCCCCCUGUAACUCAUUGCACAAAUGAUGUGAGGCAAGACUAAAUGGGCAACUGUUAAAAACACUACACCAGCUAUCGUGCAUCAUCCCCAAUGAGGUGGGUGUAACCCAUGGCUACAGAUUAAGCCAAUGGGCUUCCUACAAUUGUACCAAAUGCUGACGGAGUGGGAUAAAAAACCUUUUUGUGUUUACAAUCAUGCAUUUUAUACCAUGUAUAAUAGGAAUAUAUGCUCCUCUUUUUUAAGACAAAUACACUUUGUAUCAACGAGGAUAAUUUGUUGUUUUACAUACAAGGUGUUUGUAGAAUUGUUUGUGCUUAGUACUCACGCCUCUGUGAGCCUAUCACAGUAUAUGCCUGGUUUGCUGUCUGGUUAUACGAUAAACAAGUUAUUUUCACUUUAAUUUCCAUAUUGCUGUCUUUUAUUUUAAUUAAUCAUUGCAAUAAAAACAAAGUUUUGCAAAAAUACAAAUUACAGUAUUUCAAAUCAGUACAUUAUAUAUUGUUCGUAGAGACAUAAAAGUUUACAUUGUUUGUAAUGUAAACAGAAGACAGAUAGGAAAAAAUAAUAUGGCUGCUGGGUUUGUCAUAAUAGGCACAAAAAGUAAGGAAAGAUUUGUUUUCACAAAUCUUCUUUUGAUAAAGAAAUUCAGAUGAGCCAAACCAUCCCCCACAAAUGAAACAGUAAACAGGGUAACAGGGGGAACCCCUGCCAAGUACCUUUUUUUUUUUAAAUGGUAAAGAGUUGAGGAACAGUAAUUACCUCAGUGUGAGUGUUGUUAUAUAGUGAUUGGAUAUCCCAAAAAGCUAUAGGCAAAAUUAAGUUAGUUUAGAAGAUAGCAUAGAUAAUACUAUUCCAAUCUGUUGUGUACCUUCCCUGAGUACAGAGAUAGUAACAGAGAAGGUGUUUGAAAGUGAACCAUCCACCGAGUGACACUAAUAUUAUAUCAAGUAUUUUAAUAUGCCUGUCUAGUAGUUUAGUAAAAACAUUUAGGUCAAAAUUUAAAAGCAAGAUAGGGUGGUAAUUUUGUGCAGAGAAGAGAUGUUUGCUUUUGUUGGGAAUAACACAAUACAAUUACUUUAAAGGACCACUAUAGGCACCCAGACCACUUCAGCUUAAUGAAGUUGUCUGUGUGCCUGGUCCAGCUAGGGUUAACCCUUUUUUUUUAUAAACAUAGCAGUUUCAGAGAAACUGCUAUGUUUAUAAAUAGGUUAAUCCAGCCUCUAAAGCCUCUAGUGGCUGUCUUAUUGACAGCCGCUAGAGGCGUUUGCGUGCUUCUCACUGUGAAAAUCACAGUGAGAAGACGCAAGCGUCCAUAGGAAAGCAUUAUGAAUGCUUUCCUAUGAGACUGGCUGAAUGCGCGCGCAGCUCCUGCCACGCAUGUGCAUUCAGCCGAAGAGGAGGAGAUGAGGCGGAGAGGAGGAGGAGAGCUCCACCGCCCAGCGCUGGAGAAAGGUAAGAUUUUAACCCCUUCCUCACCCCAGAGCCCGGACGGAGGGGGUCCCUGAGGGUGGGGGCACCCUCAGGGCACUAUAGUGCCAGGAAAACGAGUAUGUUUUUCUGGCACUAUAGUGGUCCUUUAAUAAUAUUUUUAAAGAGUGAGAGAAGAUGAGGCCCAGAACUUCGUCAAAGGUUUUAUAGGUAAGAAAUCCUAUAUGGACCAGGUUUCAUAUGAGCUAAUUUUUUCAAUUUCAUCUGCUAAAACUGGGUUGUCCAGUAAAAAUAAUUGGUCUUGGGAAGGUCAUUGCAAUCAAAUAAAUGUAUAAAACCUUGUCAUGUGAGGUGUUGAGGGUUCGGCAUGAUUGGGGAGUGAUUAUAUAGUGCUUCAAAUUAAAAAGUAAAUAGUGUGUUUAUAUCCUAGGGGUUUUUGACAAUGGAACCAUAUGACCUAUGAAGGGAUGUAGGUUGCUUUGAUUUGUUUUUGCCAUGAAGCACCUGGCUGAGAGGAAGUCAGUUUUGUCAAAAUACAAAAGAAUUAAUUUUGGACCAGGCCAAUCUCUAUUAGUUCCUUUACGUUUUUUCGUAGUUGACUGUAGAUGUAAUUUUGUUCAGGGGUAUAUUUGUGUUUGAAAUGUCAUCUGUAUUAGGCAGCUUGACACUGCGGUUAAUUUUUCUUUUUUUUGGUGAUGGGAUGAAAUUUAUUUUAGGUCAUCUCUAAUAAUUGACUUGUGUGUUGAAAAAAAUUAUUUUUAAAAUUAUGGAGCAUGUACAUGAUCCAGCUAAGCAAUAUUGUCCAUGGUAAAAGAUGCAAUCCAAGCGAAUGUCUUCAGGAAACAAAAAACCCUUGCACUUGUGAUGACAAUGAACAAUUAUAAGGAUUCCAAUAUAUUUUUUGUAAGGAGUAUUAGGGUAAUACACAUUUAGGAUGGUCUCAGAAGCCAUAGACCACAGAACCAUACAUAAUGACCUUCGAAGUCUGAAUUUGCAACAAACAUGGUUUGUUGUACAAGAUUGCUACUCUGUUCCUUUUUCCAUAGGCCCUGGGAGAAAACACAUAUUCAUGGUCAAUUAAUUUAGGGGUAAUUUUUUCACAAAAUGCAUUUGUUGUAUGAGAGCUAUUGCAAAACUUUGUCAUUUUAGAAUGAGGAGAAACAUUAGCAUUAUGUGAGAUGAGUUCAGCUUCUUCACAAUUUGUGAUACAAUUUCAAUUAAAGUGAGCAUUUGUGAAAUUAGAUAAACAGGUACAUUAUCAUAUAUACUUUCAUAUAAGCUCUGAGAAGUGGACAUUAGAAGACAAAGGUCACAACACUCAAAAAUGAAUAGAAACGUGUAAAAACAAUGAAUAUAACUGUAAAUCAAUAAAACAGAAACCAAGAGGCUAAAUGGAAAACAAGAGAUCACAGCAUAAAUGGACUGGGAGUCUGAAAGAGAGAGGGUUGUUUCUAUUUUGAUUUUUGAUUUUUCUGGCUCAUUUCAUUAUCGCUCAAAGGAGAUAUGUUAGUGCCGAAGAGUGUGGGGGCUAGUUGCAAAUGUAUGAAGUAUUAGAGCCAUUGAAGAUUGGGGGGGGGUUCUCAUAUUCUUGCCACAAUCAACUUACAAGUGGAGUCGAAGCUGUUACAAGAACAUUUUGGGCACCAUAAUAACUUAAUCAAAAUUAUGUUGUUAUGGUGCCAGGAGGUCCCUGGUGCUGGCUCAUCUUAAGGGGUUAACCCAUUCUCGAAUGGUUUCACCCUAAAGUCUGUGUUUCAGUGCCAAAUCUCCCUGCCUUUCUGUCCUUACAUUUUAUCAAAAUCUGAGAACCAAAAGGCUCUUGCAGAAUCACACAGAGGUAUUUGGCUGAGAUCGGUCUGCUGAUGCUCUCAACCACUCUGUGACUCCCCAUUAAUAAAACUGGCUUCUUUUCAAGCCAGUGUUAUGCCUGCUUGACUACUAUAUGCUGCUUCUGUGCUAAUACAACUCUGGUAAAUUUCAACAUUAAACAAGGGACAUUAUCUGUGAUUUUGUUGAUUAUCCAGUGCUGCACAUCACUCUCAAAUGGUGCUCAGGCCACCUGUAAUUACUGUUUUAUGUGGUUUUCUUCUGGAGAGGAAUAAUUUUAGUGGGAGGAUCGAAAGAGGUCACAAACACAUUGACAGGUUAUAGAAAUUGUACAGAUAAUUGUACAUGUACAUCAACAUGUGAAAAAGCAUAAAACGGUUAAUAUAAUAUUCUUUUGAAGAGUGCUUUAAAGCUGCCUGCAGUAAUGUAAUUCAGCGCAAAAGUGUAAAGUAUCAAGUAUCUUCUUACAUAAAUUAUUAUAUAUGGCUCAGAUUAAAAAUAUACUGGGGUCAAAUUUAUCAUUUCUGCCUCAUCGUAUUGCCCUACUGUAUGCUUCCAAAACUGUUAAACAUUAUAGUUAAGAAGUGUAUAAUAAUUGACGGUUUCUCUUUUGGGUUCCAGGUAGUCUUCUGCCUCCCUUGAAUGUCACAACGGUGUCCCGUAAUUUCAGAAUAUUCCUUGUGUGGCUUCCAGCUCCUGAAAAUCCUCAAGAUGUAUCAUACACAGUGCACUACAAACUGUAAGCUGUUAAAUGAAAGCACUUUAUUGCAUAUUAAAAUAUUAUUAUAUGAUACUUUUUUUCUGUAGCUAUCAGACUAUAGCUUGCUGUUUGCAUUGGUUAAGACUUAACCAAUGGGGUGUCAAAUGGGGUGUCAAACUCAAAUUCAUCGGGGGCCGCAUCAGCAGUUUGGUCACCCUCAAAGGGCCGGUUAUAUCUGUAGGACUAUGUGUCCACUUUUUAUUAUCAUAAAUUAUUGUCACUGCAUUCAAUUAUUACAUGGGCAGAACGUGUGUAUGGGGGGCAGUACGUGUGUUUGGGGGGCAGUGUGUGUGUAUGGGGGCAGUAUGGGGGCAGUGUGUGUGUAUGGGGGCAGUGAGUGUGUAUGGGUGGCAGAGCGGUGUGUAUGGGGGGCAGUGUGUGUAUGGGGGGCAGUGUGUGUAUGGGGCAGUGUGUGUAUGGGGCAGUGUGUGUGUAUGGGGGACAGUAUGGGUGUAUGGGGGCAGUGUGUGUAUGGGGGCAGUGUGUGUGUAUGGGGGGCAGUGUGUGUGUGUAGAGUGUGUGUGUGUGAUAUAAGGGUAGGGGGGGCUUUUAUAUAUUAUUUAUAUAUAAUUUUAAUUAAAAUAUAUAUUUAUGUCCCCCCUCCCGUCUUACCUUUACUGGGGGGAGGGGGUACAUUUCCCUGGUGGUCCGGUGGGGGAUUCAUUGGUGGUCCCAGUGGGGAGAGUGAACUCUAGCCCACGCUCCAGGGCUAGAGUUCACUCUCGCGAGAUUUGGAGCGUUGCCGUGGUAACCGUGGCAACGCUCCAACUCCCGCGAGAGGAGGACCCGGAGGAGCUGCAGCCUGAGCUCCGGGUCCUCUAUCUCUCCCUCCCCCGCCGGCUGUCAGCACUAUCACCAUCUGUGAUCUCCCCUCCGGUCCGCAGGCACAUUGCUGGGCUGGCAGGAGAGGGAGACCGUCGGUAUUCUCGGGGGGGGGGCAAUUGCCCGUUGCCCCCCCCCUGGAUCCACCACUGGGCUGGCGGCCGGCGGCGGCUACACGGGCCACAUGACUAGGUCUGGCGGGCCGGGAUUCGGCUUUGACACCCGUGGGUUAAGUGAUAGAAGUGCACAGACCUAAAUAUCAUUGCCAUAUAACAAAUUCUCCAUCGAUGAUAAAUAUACAUUAUUGUUAUCUAUUUAAAUUUUAUGUAGAUUGAAAGGAUUAAAAACAGAAUUGACCCUGCAGGGAACAGAAUCUACAAUGUGUGGCUCAUUAGUAACUUCCCUUCCCAUUGUCAAGUUCCCUUUACACGAGAGAUACAGCAACCUCGGAUGAUCAUUUUGGCCUACUUUGGACCUUGCCAGCAAGGUGUACCUGAUUCCUCUCUAGGCACAGUGAGCACGGAGUUCACAUCUGGGUCACUAGUAUUUAUUCUAUAUCAGAGUAAAGACAUUUUAUAAGAUGUUGACUUUGAUACCAGCACCACGUUAACAUAUUCAGUUGAGUGUCAGCAGCACCAAUUUAGUUUCCAUGAGAAAUAAAAUCUGAUCAAUGGAUAUUUACAUGAUUGAGUGGGAACUAGAGUUGGGAUUAUAUGUCACAACUAAACAAUGGUGUAUAUAGGGAAAUAUAACACUUACAAAGCAUUUCUUAAAACAUUAUACAUUGUGUUAUUUAUUGUUACAUUAAUAAUUAAUUGGCUCCGCUGUAGGGUGGGGCGGACUUUUUUAAUAUAAUAGCCCUCACCCGCUCGCGACACAUGGGUGUACAGUUACCUGUCCACCCAUUUUCCUUAAUUUGAAGUCCACACCUAAUGCCCAUAGGGCCCUUUAUGUUAAAAGUGACAGUGCAGCCCAUACACUAGUCUUUUUAUAACAGCAAGCAAAUGCCAGCUGUUAGGCAGACAUGCCCCAACUUGCAGCACAGCGAGUGGGGACAUGGAGAGAAAAUAAGCCUCACUUAUACUAAUGACCUCCACAGGCUAUUUCUAACCAUUUGCCAGUUGGCUACUAGUGCAGUCAGCAGGCAAAUAGUGAAAGAGCAUUUAUCAACACCUACUUGCUGGCAAAAUUUUCAAGGCUAUUUAUCGAGGAUCAUGUCCUCAAUAAAUGGAAUUAAAUCACCCAAUCCAAUAUUUUCAAUGCUAGGUAUAUUAUCCAUUUCUAUAUUUUUUCAGAAAAUCUAUAUUACCCAACAAUAUUUUUCAGUUCCCGAUAAGCCUCUAACAGCAGUAAUUGAUUCAAACCAAUAAAAGGCUUAUCGGAAGCCAAUAAACUGGUGAUAAAUGUAAUCACUUGGAAUGUAAGCAGGACCAUAUUUAUCAGUACACUGAUUUCCAUGCCCUUUUGGUUUGUCUAAAUCGUCAAUUCCUGAAUUGUUUGUGUGAACAAAAUUUGGUCGGAACCAAAACACUGCAUGGAUAAAAUUCAGUCUGACUAAUCAAAAUUUUGUCAGAUGAAUCAAUUUGACAAUUGUUCACUGUAAACAAUUUUGUACAAAGCACUGCUAAAAAAUGUAUUUUAUUUUGUACAGAACUUUAAUUUUACAAGAAUUUUUGAACUGAGUUGGGGGAAAUCCAAAUCUUUUUAAAUAUUUGGUUUGAUGAGAUGAAUGUUAAUAGUUAUAUUACAUUGAAGGAUCAUAAGUUAACAUUUAAAAUAUGUAUAUAUUUAAUAAUAGAGUGUGUUUAAUGAAACAGGAUAGAUUAAGCUUUUUUCAGUAAUGUCCUACGGUACUUAUUUUAUUAAACUCUGCAGGAGGAGUUGAUCAAUCGAAUUUAUAAUUCUUUAUGUAUUAUAUUAAAUGUUUUUGUUUUUAUUAAGUUGUAAGUUCGUUUUCUCAAAUUUUUUUCCCACUGAUAAAGGAUAAAAUUAAAUUCCAGGGUGAGUAACUGAUUAUUAAAGGGUUAUUCCAAGCAGUAGCCAUGGUGCUUGGAGUCUGUAUACAGACAGACAUAAAGAGAAAAUGCAUUUUGCUGGCAGUGACUAAACUCUACCUCUGAAAUUGUCAUCUUAGGUGAAUGUUUGCUUUUUUUUUUAUUUAGGGGGAUCAUGCCAAAAUUGUUUAGCACUACAGAAAAAAUACUGUUUUUGGUCAGAGUAAUUCGUUAUAGUAUUCUAACUUUUGUCUAGAAUUGCGAAACAGUUUUCAAAUUGAUCAAGAUCCAAAGAUGACUGACCAUUAUACUACUGACAACACUGCCUACGUUAGAAAACAUUAUUGACUUAAAACCAUGCCAACUCAUGAUUUACCUGUUGCACUCACAAUGUUGGGCUUGAUAGGCUGAUAUUGUUAGGUGAAAGAUAAAAACUGCUGGGGUCUUUGCAAGCUUUUCAGUAGCAUCCUAGGUUGAGGGUAACAGACUACCAAGUGCAUUGAUGUUGCUAAUUUUCCAGUAGGACAUAGCAGUGCUUUGUGUGUCUUUACGGUUGUUAAAAAUGGACGUCAGGUAUUGUGCAUAUGUGCAUUUGUUAUGUAAUUGACUUUGCUAUGUUAUUUUGUAGUUACAAUGCUUAUUUGUCCUUUAUUUUAUGUCCUUUGUUAACAUCGGUUGCACACAUCAUCAAGACAAGGGAGGUUUUGUGGUGUUUGUUCUGCUCAUGUGAAAAUAUUUAUGAAUAUUAUAAAUCUUUGGGGUUACUGGUCAGUUGUUAGAUUUAUUUAAAGUCCUUUUUGGUGUUGAAUUUACCAUGUGUCUGAUGAUUCAGGUCUCAUAGUUUUGUUUAAUUUAAACUUUAAUUAUGUAAUAUGAUGUCCAGUGGCAGCACUAUACAAACCAAAUGUUUUUCAUCUACCAUCAUGCUAAAUACUAAUACUGAAUCACAUUGGUUACCGGGUCUACACUGUUCUGCAUUGGGUAUUACAAAUACCUACCUGUUAAGCGUACAACCUCCUCUUUUUGUAAAAUAAUCAUUGAACAUACGGGUGGAAAAGGUAUCACAAUAGAAAUUUGUACAUACAUCUAUUAACUAGAAGCAUGGUUUGUAUGCAACCUGCAUGUCUAGACAGAUGAUAAAAAUGGCACACUGGACACUGCUCCAUCCAUAUUUACUUUUGAUCUUUUACCAUAUUAUUUAGAGAGUGUACUCAUAUUUUACCAUUUAACACAUAAAUUGGUAUAAGGGCCAACUAUUACCUCUCUUUUCUGGACCGGCAUGUAAGCGUUGGCAUCCCAGUUGGCUGAGCAUCUCUGAAAUUGAAGUUCUCAAACAUCUGGAUUGUCUUAACCAAUGUCUUAGCCAAUGGUUUUUAGACGUUUUUGCAUGCAUCUUUCUGACAAUAGCUGUUCUCCUUCAGAGUUUCAGAGACAAAGUGGAAACCAGUCAAGCGUUGCAAAAAUAUUAAGGUGACUGAGUGUGAUAUAACCUGUCAUCUUAAAGAGUAUUAUUCCAAUUACGAUAUUAGGAUCCGAACCGUCUCUAAAUAUUAUAUUUCUUCAUGGAUAAACAGCGAGAAGAUCUCAUACAUGUUUACAGGUGAGUCUUUAGAAACUACCUAACAUGGUUAUCUAGCAGGGUUAUUCAAAGUAAAUUUCAAUGUAGCUGAAAUGAAAAAAAUAGAAUUUUGAAAUUACCUUUGGCAUUCCCUUUAAUUCCAGAUAAUUCUCACUUUAGUGAAUAUACUUAAUAGAGAAUUGAUAUAGUAAAUAGAUUUAGGGAAACUGAUAGGAUAGUACAAUUCUGUUUUUAUCCAUUCAUUAAUGAAGAAUGAUGUUACGAUAUCAUGGGAUUUGGUCUCAAAUACCUGCAUGAAGGGAUAAAAAUAAAUAUAUUUCAUCAUAAAAUGCAAGAUGGCACCAAACACUAGUUUAUCCACUUAUUAUUUCCUGCCUCGGCCACUUUAAUACCAUGCUGCCAGGCUGUCUUCUGAAUUUCCCACUUUGUUUCAGUAUCGGUGCUUCCACUGGCUGUUUUUUCUUUCCCCCCAACAUUAAAAUGUAUAUUUUAAACUGACUUGGACACCUUUUGCUCCAGUUUGGUCCAGAAAAGUCUUCAGUUUUUUGGGUAUAUUUGUGAAAUAUAAUCUAAGCUUAAAGUAGCAGAGUCUAAAAAAAUAUCUAUUUUGGCCUACACAUUUAAAGCUGGCUUAUUUAAUAAAGUGAGAAUUGUCAGGAAUACAAAGUGAAAUUCCAAUAUCAGGCCAAAGUACCCGAACUGGAAGCAUAGUUAAUUUCAAGAAGUUUUUCACUUCAGUUACUUUGGCCUUAAACUUCAAAUUCUAUGAAUUCCUGACAAUUCUCUCUUUAGUACAGGUAAAUAUACCUGUAGAUACACACAAACAUAGUCAUACUCAGACAUGCCAACAAGCUCUCACACAUGAAAACAUGCACCCAUUUAUGUUCGUGCAUACAUCAGUGCACCCAGUUACAUUCAUGUACAUACACAUUUUACAUUUACCAACAUAUGUUGGAACAUGGAGAAAUGCUCCAUCUCAAACUGCAACAUAAAAACAUGCCUUUAUUCCCCAGCAUAUGAGGAAACAUGCCUACCAUUUUGCAUCAUGCAAAUGGCAAUCAAAUAAAGAGUUUGUAGGUUUCAUAUCUUUAAAAAAAAAAAAAAAAAAAAUUUGGUCACUCGGCAUAUUAUAAAGAAAUAUGUUAAUUGGGCUGUUGUCCUUAGAGUUCGCAAACAGUGGUAGAGACAUAGUUAACGGUUUGUGCACAUCAGCAUGCAGUGAUUUUUUUUUUUUUGGAACCAGUUAGUCAAUAGGUAUAAUACAAUGAGGUAAGCCCCACUGGGCACAUUAGUAGGUACAUUCUGCAACAGUAUGUCUCGUAUAUGCUUAAGUGCUCCAUGGGGUAGCCCCCUCCAGGGGUUUAUAUCAGUAAGUUAUCUUAGCUCUAUUGCGGAUAGUGAGGGGGGCGGGGGGUUAAGACGGAGCAAGUUCUGGUAUUAGCAUCCCUAACACAUGGUCGCACGCGGUUUUAUAUAUUUGAUCGGUCUCUUAUCAUUUAUACAUUUGUGUCAGCAUUUACAACACAUUGGGGUUAAAUCACUAAAUAUCAAAAUGUAGUGGACAGCAUUUGAGCAAGGAAUGUUAAUACCAUGAUGUGUAUAUACUGCUUUUAUUUUGCAGUUGAUCCUGACCCACCAAUAUUACAAAUAACACACGUGGACAAAACCAUGCAUAUUAAUGCAACUUUAAAGAAACCGGCUUGUAUUAGGAAUUAUGAAUUUGAUGUGAAGUAUGUUUUAGAGAUCUGGAAGAUUGGGAAACCUAAUGAGGUACAGAACUUAGUUAAAUUAAUUUUAUUCGGUUAAACAUCUUUAACAGCAGUGGAAACUUAAAUGCUUAUUUUACCAAACAGAACUUAACUUUGAUAUUGUAUUUUAACGGAUAAAAGAAUAUUAGCUCAAAAAACAUCUACUUGUCAAUUAUUUUCUUUUUUCUGAAUACAAAACACAAUCACUGCAGUGGCUGUGGUACUAGAACUUCCCUGGUGCCCUUCCAAGGGAAGUAAUCAAACCUUUUUCAAAUCAUUUGACAACUUACCCGAAGACCACUGGUCGCCUCUUCCACUGCAACCAGAAGUUCUCUGCCCUCUAUGCAUGUGGGGACUGCUGGACAGAAAUGCUUAGAUGCCUUUCUGUCCCUGCUCUAAUCCUAAAUCAUGUUCACCGCUGCUCUGGGGUCCUUAGGCACUUCCAGGGACAGCCCUGCAUGGCAGCUGCCCUUUUGGAUUGAUCGUGAAACUGAUACAGGUGCCAUGCGAGCGAGUGGGACCAGCAGAGGUCAGGACCACCAUGGCCCGACCUUCUUGAUAAUGUGCAUGCCAAAGGACAGGUACUACUACCAGGCAGCAUUGUUAGUAUGUUUGUAAAUGAUUUUAUUACAUUCCUGGCACCAUAACUACUACAGAAGAGUAUAGUGUUAUGAGUCUAUGGUUCAAUUUUGGAUUAGUUUGGCUAACCAUGGCCUUUCCAUAGCACCCAUUACCAGUCUGAUCGCAAAUUCAAAAUGGGAUGAAAUCAAUGGAAGAGACUGAGAGACUGCCAUAGAAGAAAGAGCAAUGAGAACCAAAGUAAUUUUGUAAAGAUGGAAAAAGACCAUGAAAGAAGGAUAGUGAGAGCAGUUAAAAAACAUGGAGAAAAUGUUGCAAUGGAGAGAUAGCAAUAGAAGUUUGAGUUAGUGUCCUUAUUCACGGAUAGUAUUCCUAGCUCUGUACAGAAACUGAAUGGUAAGUAACAAACAUGGGCAAUGUGUUGAUUGAUCACACACCAUCUAAAUAUUAUUUUUAGUGAUCCCGUAGAAUGGCACAGUAGGUCUACAAUUAUUGUACUAUUCAUAUUACAAUGAUCUAACAAGAUAUAUACUACACCUGUGUAAUAUGAAAAGAAUGCAUAUUAUUGACUAAUAACAGUUUUUUUUUUAGAUAUAAUAAAUGAUGAGUUAGUUUGUAAUUAUCACAUUGUCUUUAACAGAGCAUACUGAACAUUACGACAGACAACUCCAUACUGACACAGGAAACUACUGGACUCAUAGGGACUUACUGUGUAGCUGCCCAGACAAUAUAUCAGGUGGAUCGGAAAAAACUAAGCAAGUUCUCGAGUCCAAUAUGCCAAGUAUUUGAAGGUAAAAUUCUUAAAACAGAUUCUCAUGUUGGCAGUUGACUUUGAAGAAAGGAGGGCUUAUAAGAAAUAUGACUUAUGUCUGUGUCAUUCUAAAGUAAACUAAAGAAAACUUGCAGUUUUGUAAUAGUUUUUUUUUUUUUAAAUAAACAAUAGACUUGUGCAUGACUUGACGGCCUGUUACUUGGAAAAUACUGGGGGUCCUCCCCAUGCCCCCUUCAAUUAGCAUUGGGUGGGAGCUUAAAAUUAAACAAAUAAUCCACCACCCCCUCCAUGGACUUAGGGUGUGAGGUAUAAGUAAAAUAAGGAGAUAUACUAUAACAUUUGAGCCCUGGCUGCUAAAUUUCCCCAAGACUCCUCCAAAUAAAAAAUGCCCUACCUGUCCCUCACCACCCCUCACUGGAAACUGACAUUUCAAGCUGGGAAAAGGCCUCCACCUGCCGCAUGGUCUGACUGCUCCAUGCGACCGCGCGGCACACUGAGGGAGACUCACCUCCCUCUAGCCAUGCAGACCUCCUCCUGCUGCGUGGUCUGGCCGAACCACGCGGCAGAGCAUCUAAAAAAUAGAUGUGGACCUGGAUUCUUUCAUUUAGCAGUGCUGCUUAGUUAGCAUGUCAUAAUACAAAAGUGAAAACAAUAUGCCAUUGUUAUACAUAUAGGUAGCAGUUGGGUGAUGGUAUCUAUGCACUGUUUUUUGUUUUUUUAACAAGUAAUAAACGGCAUGGAGAUGCCUGAAGAGUCUGUUAGUUAGGGUCUGUGUGGGUCGGUGUAUAGAUUCUCAGCUUCUUAAUUAUUGAUAUGCUUGAGUCUUGCCUUGCGGGACUAAGGUGUGUGUAUAGCAUAUCUGCUGUCAACGCCAGUCUACUUGCCCCAGUGUCUGGGGUCUGUGUGGUGAGGAGAUGAGCUGUUAGGAGGUGUAGCUCGGGUGAGAUCCUGAAAGAAAGUUAGUGAGGCAUCUUCGAAUGUAAGUGGCAUUUUGCCUCUGGCUGCUGCCAUGAUCUGAGUUUGGUCGUGGUGUGUCAGGCAUCGCAGGAUGACGUCUCUGCUCAUGUUGGGAGAGGAUUUGGGUGGCCCUGCCACCCUGUAGGCUCCGUCGAUGGUCAUCUUCUUUGCGGUUGUGUGUGGUAACAGUGUGCCCAGUAGUCUCGGGAGGUAAUGUGGCAGCUCCUCGGAGGGUAUAUUGGCUGGAAUGCCACGUAUUUUUACAUUAUUCCGGCGCUGCCUGUCCUCCAUGGAUGUCAUUUGGAGUGACAGGGCCAUUUGGGCAUUGUGUAUUUGUUGGAAAGUGUCCUACAUGGUGGCCAUGUCUGUCUGUACCACCGUGAUGUUUGUUUCCAAGGUUUGUACUCGGUUUGUAACCGCCUGGAUCUCUGUCUUGAGGUGGUUAAGGUUGGCUGUUCAGACUCUUUGUAUGUCUGUUAAUAGGGUCCUUAGGUCUCUUUUUGUGGUUGGAGCUGCACCUUCGUCCGGCUCUGUGUCAUAAGUUGCAUGCAAUGGUAGGGGUUGCUGUUGGUUCCUUGUUGUGGGGUGCUGUAGCCUUGUUUGCAUUGUCCGCAGGGCUUGUUCUGCUUUGUGUUGGUCGUUGUAGCAUGGUGCCUAAAUCCCUGCCUUUGGGGGCUGUGUUAGGCUUCUGGAAUCUACGGCCCAUGUUUAGCUCGCGUUCUGGCAGGGUGGGCGAGUCUGGCUAGUCCGCGGAGUAUGGCUUCCAGUCCAAGGUGUGGUGGCGGGAGGUAGGCCUUGGUCUUGUGGCGCUGCCUAAACUGUUUGUGGCCGGUUUGAAAAAAGGCAUCUAGUGCUGCAGCCCGGUAAGUAGAGUCUGGGUACCGUGUUUGGUAAACCGUGUUUGGGAUUACAGGUUAUUUUCCUUAUUUUAGCGGCUGAUUGUGGGGAGUUGUUGAAGAUGGCAACUGAUCGGGUUGCUUGCUAGCUCCGCCCAUGCCCACUCUUAAAGUGACCACGUCAUCAUUGCAAUCCUAAUCUGUUUUGGAUCGCAGUGAUGACGUGGACCUAUCGGAACAUAGGUAAGCCUAUUUUAGGCUUAUUUUGGCCCCCAUUCAUUGCCCUAUUGUAGUUUCUGUUAGAUCUUCGUUUAGUGCUCCUAGAGAUUCCAUUGGAAUUUCCUGUGUUUGUCCUCGGCUUCGUAUUUGACUUGUGAUUUCUGGUAUCCUGACCUUGGUUUCAUAUUUGACUCGUGAUUUCUGGUAUCCUGACCUCGGCUUCAUAUUUGACUCAUAAUUUCUGAUAUCCUGACCCUGCUUUUUCUUGACUCGUGAUUUCUCGUAUCCUGACCUCGGCUUCAUAUUUGACUCAUAAUUUCUGAUAUCCUGACCCGACUUUGUAUUGACUCUGAGUAUUUCUGUUAUCCUGACCUUGAUUUAUUCUUGUUGUGUUUAUAAGUGAAGUCCGGCCAUUCUAAGGCUCGGUAAUACGUCUUUUGGAUCCACCUUUUGUGGAUUUCCUGUUUCCUGCGUGUUGGGGUACGACUCCCCUGACAUUACGAUAGGGCCAUGACCCUGCAGGGUUGGGAGCUCCACAAAAUCCUUGCCAGGCUAAAUUUAAGGGAAAUGUACCACAGAAUGGACCAAUUCACUCAGGCCUUGUUAGCCAGAACAGUCCACCUCUCUUCCACCUAUGCCUACCCAGCCUGUGCCUGUGGUGAUUGAAGCUUGACACAACCUUCUAGAUAUAGAUAUGGUUGCGAUCCUAAGACCUGUCGAGGGUUCAUAAACCAGAUAGAGUUUAAUUUUGAAACGUCUCCCAGGUCUUUUCCCACUGAAAGAUCCAAGGUCAUAUUCUUUAUGCACCAGUUAACCGACAAGGCCUUGGAAUGCCUAAUCCUUUAUGGGAGGCAUUAUUAUUACAAGAUCUAUGUAAGAGCCUUCCUUCAAGCGUUUUCAAGCGUUUGAUCCACCUGGCAGAGAGAAUAGUGCAGCUAAAUCUUUCAUAAGGAUUAAGCAGGGAAACAGAUCUAUAGUGGAUAAUGUGUUUAUUUUCUGCACUCUUGCUUUUGAGGUUGAUUGGACCAAUAGUGGUUUGGCUUCUGCGUUCAUGGAAUGGGUUAAUGAUAACAUCCUUGAUGAGGUGGCAGCCAGAGAUCUUCCAGUCCUUCUAGAUGACCUUAUCAAUUAUGUAAUCGGCACCCCUAGGGCCUCAGUUCCUUGAUGUUUCUUCUUCUACAGAUACUGAGCCCAUGCAGCUAGGUGUGACCAAAUUGUCUGAGAUUGAGAAACAGAAUAGGAGAAAAGAGGGGCUCAACCUAUAUUGUGGCCAGAAGGGGCAUUUUAGAUUGACUUGUCCAGUGCGUUUGGAGAACUGUCACACCUAAGGUCGCUCAGGGGACCGGCUUUGGAUGGGACAUCAGAAUCCCCUUUAGUGCCUCAUAAAAGAUGACUUCUUCCCAUCACCUUAACUUGGGGUGAGAAGUCUAUAGAUGUUUUAACGCUCGUAGAUUCUAGAGCAGCUGAUAAUUUUAUAGACCGGGGUUUUGUCAGGACCCACUAACCACCCCUAAGAAAGGAGACACGCUUGGCUGUUGAGGCCGUAGAUGGUAGACCUUUAUAUUCUCCAUUAAUCACUCAUAAAACAGAACAGUUGACUAUGCGUUCAGGUCUGUUACACAUGGUGGAUUUGUGUUUUCAGGUGAUCACCUCCCCUUCUUCAUCAAUCGUACUGGGUUACCCUUGGUUACGUCUACACAAUCCAACUAUUGAUUGGAGACAGGGUGAAAUCAGCUCAUGGAGUGAUACGUGUCAGGAGAAGUGUAUAAAAAAGGUCACUCCUGUUCGUCUCAUUAAUGUUCCUACUGCCCCACCACGGUCUACAGACGUACCAUCCUCUUAUGUACACCUGAAAUCAGUUUGAUAAGAAGGAGGCAGACAGAUUACCACUUCAUAGUCCUUAUUAUUGUGCCAUAGAUCUCCUAUAUGGUACUAUGCCACUUAAAGGAAGGGUUUAUCCCUUGUCUUCCCAUGAAAGUAUCAUCAUGGAGGAUUAUAUUGGCGAUUCACAAGCGAAGGGUUUUAUACAUAGAUCUUCCUCUCUGGCUGGGGCUGGUUUCUUUUUUGUACCCAAAAAAAGAGGUGAUCUAAUGCAUAGACUAUAGAGCGUUGAAUAAGAUCACAAUCAAAAAUCCAUAUCCUAUUCCCCUUAUCACUGAGCUUUUUGGCAGGCUAAAAGGGGCUUCUGUCUGGAUCUGAGGGGAGCAUACAACUUGGUACGCAUUAAAGAGGGGCAUAAAUGGAAAAUUGCCUUUAACACCAGAAGUGGGCAUUAUGAAAAUGCAAUCAUGCCUUUCGGCCUAUGUAAUACUUCGGCAGUUUUACAAGAUUUUAUCAAUGAUGUCCUCAGAGACUUCAUACAUUAAUUCGUGAUAGUGUACGAUAUUCUGAUAUUUUCCCCUGACCUAAGUACACACAUCACAUACACGUAUCCAAACAUUUUUCGACAAUGGUUUCUUUUGUACACUAGAGAAGUGUUUGAUCAAACAGAAGUCCAUUUUCUGGGUUAUGUCAUCUCAGCCUCUGGAUUCAGUAUGGAUCCCAAGAACUUCUCAGCCGUUGUUGAGGGGCCUUUGCCUCAGGGCUUAAAACCUAUCCAAAGGUUCAUAGGGUUUGUCAACUAUUAUAAGAGUUUUAUAAAGAAUUUCUCUACCAUUAUUGCCCCUAUCACGAACCUCACUAAGAAGGCUGUGAACCACUAUGUUUGGCCCCCUGAGGCAUGGGAAGCCUUUGAGAGCCAGAAAAAAGCUUUUUUUCUGCUCCUAUCCUCAGACAUCCUGACCAUUCACUUCCAUUUGUAUUAGAAGUUGAUGCUUCUGAGGUAGGAGCUAUUCUGUCCCAGCAUUCGUCCCCUGACUAACCUUUGCACCUGAGUGUUUUCUUCUCUAGGAAACUCUCGCAGGCGGAAAGUGUAGUGGACCACGGGUAACCCAACUGGUUACCUUCGCUAAUUCCUUCACUCAGCCACUCUGGAGCCAUAAAAACAUAGACAUCCAGUCCCCCAGUAACGAAUCAUAGCUGAUUUAUUUUCGACUACACACGGCUUUUGUGCACAGACGCCUACAUGUAGUCUCCAAUACAAUAACACAGGGGUGUCAAUCCCAAGAUCCUCUGUGAGAGAUAAUUGCGUGCAAAAACCCUAUAAUUCAAUUUUACCACAUGACAGGAGGCUUCGUAUUUCGCAUAUCUCUCGUUACUAACUCCAUACAGCAGUAAAGAAACACAUAGAAAAAAGAACCAAUCACAGGAGAGCAGGAUGUACAUAAGGCAAUGUGACCUCAUCAUUUCCUCUUUCUUUAUUGCUCCAUCAAGCAGACAGGACAGAGUAUUACUCUUCUCCAUUACUUAUGUUUACAGUGCCUCUUUGAGGUUGUUUCUGUAUUAUAUUUUUUUAUAUACUUUACUGUAUGUUCUUGCUGUGCUUCUGUACUAUGUGCAGCUGUGUUUUUUCUAUGUUAUUUCAUAGAUAUUAUGUAGAUUUAACGUAAUCCUUAUUUCAUAACCUUUAGUUGUGAUUAAUAUCACUUGUAAUUUAUCCGUUUUAUAGGCAUUUCAUCCUUUGUUUUGAUAAGUAUUAUAUGUACUUUAUAUGUAUUUAAUAGAUGUCAUAUGUAUUUUAUGACAUGGAUUUAAUAGGUGUUAGGUGUAAAUUUUAUUAUUGACUUAAUAGGUUUUAUGCAUAGUUAUGGUAGAUGUACUUUAUACCAUAUCAUGACUUUUCUGGCGAUUUUCCUGGCCUUCUAUACCUGGGGCAUCUGGGGACCCUCUUUCCCCAUUUUCCUCCUUCUCCCCAGGGUCUCAUGGGGAUUCUGGGUCUGACUGGGGCUUAACCCCUUCCCUCCUGCGGUUCACGUUGGCUCCCGCCGGCUCCAGGGCAUUAACACCUUCUUCCGGCCUAUCCGUUCGACCCCUUCCUAAUACAACCCUCAGGGGGACGGCCGGACUCACUGCCAUCGCUCUCUAAGGCUGCCCCAUACCGUACACCCGGUAACGUGCUGGAUGCUUUCCAACACCGACUACCUUGGUGCAGGGCAGUCUGUGGGGUGACCACGAGGUAGCCCGAGCAUGACGCGGCGGCCUUCUUUGAUCCCGCGUCUAUUGAGACUCCAGGGACCAUGUUUCCCAUCCAUUACCCUCGGCGGCCAUCUUUAGUCUCGCGAUAUUAUGGGCGGCCGUUUUGCUACUCUCGCCCACCAUGAUUUCGGCGCUCGAGAGUAACAUAUACCUGGGCUGUCAGCUAGCCUAGCUGUUCUCGUGGCUUGGGGUCCCAAGUUCGAAUCCAGGCAAAGCUAAGUAUUCUAACUGCCUAUUAUUUUCAGAUUUGAGUCAUAGCACCCUCAAAUUCCUUAAAGAUACCAUUCUUGGACCCUUAGAGGGAACUCCUUAAAGGGAUACCACCGCGGUACUACUUAAAAGGAUACCACCCUGGAACUACUUAAAAGGGAUACCAAAUCCUUAAAGGGAUAUCACCCUUGAAUUCCUUAAAGGGAUAGCACCCUUGGACACAGACUAUCAAGAUGGUACUGUAUAAGUACAUAUCAGUGAUGGGAGAUUUGAAGGGAUAUCACCUGGAUCAGGAAUCUACAGCAAGACUCUGUCUGGUAAUGGAUGCUCAAAGGGAUGACCCCUAUCACUUAGACUACCUGUCAGAACACGACAGAUGACGGAGCUUAGAGCUAGUGCUAUAUCCUAUUAUCCCUCAGAUGUCAGUCACUUUUGUCUCAUUACUGCCAUAUUAGGCACUAAAGGGCUUAUUACCCUGUACCUGCCUGGGGUGCUGCCCCUAUUACCGUGCUGCUUUUUGGAGGUCUCCCUGUGGCCACCUCUGUGAUCCUGGGUGAGGCCCAGUUAUACAAAUCCCAACAUUGUGGUUUGCCCUGCUGGGACAAUUUGACAACACUAAGUGACAGAUACAGAAUACCCUGCCGGGGUUAUUACACCUUACUGUCAUUUAUACAGACCCUGCUGCGGUCCACUGGCAUUAUUUACACUACAACAGAUACCCUGUUGGGGUACCCCAUAUCACACACCCUGCUGGGGUUGUUUUGAUACUUUGAGACAAUAAAUUGCACACUACUACACCCUGCUGGGGUCUGCAUGGUGCAUUGCACACAAUGAAAUGGAUUGUGCUCUCAUCCAGUCUGUUUUAUUUGGCCAUGACCCACGCUUGACGGGUACAUACCCCGCACACCUGAGGUGAUCUCUGACUAGGUAUAAGCCAAUCUAUUCGGCUAAAGAGGGGACAGAGUCGCAAGCUUCAGUGCAGAAUAUCCCCCAUGGCGGUGCAUUAAUUAUUGGAAGAGCUGUAGGACACUCUCUAUCAGGCUUAUGGCCAGCACUGAUGGGUUCAUACCCAAUGCAACCGGGGUGAGUUCCCUACAGCACUGCUGCUUCUACUCCUACCCCUAUCAACAGCGAGCUCGAGGAUUGAAAACCCAAACUUUGGAACCGGGGCCCGGCACUUACAGGUUCAGACCCGGUGCUCUCGGGGUGAGACCCCUUCGAUGGGGGAGUCACAUACCCGACCGAAGGAAGUCUUACGGCAACAGCCUCUACCUACAGCAGAAGGAAUACCUCCAUUGAUAAUGAAUCAUGAUACGGUAUGGGUUUAUGUACUGUACCUAUUCUGCGGCCUGCAGUUAAAGGCCCACGCCCUAUGCACCGGGCCCGGCUAGGCAUGCACUGCACUAAAAUGCCUAACAGAGGUAUGCAGUUACAACCUCUGAACAGGAAUUCCGAGCCGCCUACUUAACGAUAUAUAUUCCCCUUGAGGUGAAUUUAAUAAUGGAAGAGGUGACUGACACUCUCUAUCAGGGCGAUGGCCAGCACUUAAGGGUUCAUACCCUGUGCACCCGGGGUGAGCCCCCACUAUACGUGCGCUGCACUGUGCUGCUGAGCGGAGGCAAUGCUAUGGCAACCUCUAUGUACUGGGUGAGCACCAGUCUGUUUUAUUUGGCCACGAUUCGGAAUAAGACCCACAAGGUUUUCCAGGAACACUGCCUACUGUCAUAGAAGACUGGUCUGUUUGCCCUGCAUCCUGUGCCUGAAUACUGGUUUGUGCCUUACACAGGGGUAUCCAUUACUACGAUAACCCUAUUUGACAACGUUAUGCACUCGUGGCUUUGCAGCCUCUUGCUUAUAAUGUUCAUAUUCGCUGACGGUCGGACAAACCCAUGCCCUUCCUUGCCGGUCAGAAUGUGCCUGAUGAUGAAGAUAGGAGUCUCAGCAUGGAAAUGGACAAACAGGGUCUGGUGCAGGGUAACCACAUUAUUAUUUACACACACAAACACACACACACACACACACAUAUAUAUAUAUAUAUGUGUGUGUGUGUGUUUGUGUGUGUAAAUAAUAAUAUUAAAAAAAAUAUAUAUAAAAGAUAUAUAUAGUAUAAAAGUGGUAAAUAAUAAUAUAAUAUAUAUGUGUGUGUGUGUUUGUGUGUGUAAAUAAUAAUAUUUAAAAAUAUGUAUAUAUAAAAGAUAUAUAUAGUAUAAAAUUGGUAAAUAAUAAUAUUAAAUAAUAAUGUUAAAAAUAAAUAAUAAUAUAAAAUAUAUAUAUAUAUAUAUAUAUAUAUAUAUAUAUAUAUAUAAAAACAAAAAAUGCUUGGCACUCACCCUUUCUCCAAUUCAAAAUUUUUGAUGCCUUGGUGCAGUCCCAUGUUAUUUUUUGCAUAUAUAUAUAUAUAUAUAUAUAUAUAUAUAUAUAUAUAUAUGUGUGUGUGAUAGGUACUACAUGGCAGAAAUUUAGCUAGCAGAAGGAAGUGUGCCAUGAAAGUACAUCUAUUGGGGAAGUACCCUAUAAGCGGAGUAGGGAAGUCAUUGUAUUGAAGAUUAGAGGAUGGGAGGUUAGGUAAGUAGAGAUGGGGGAGUUUUAUAGUGUGAUCUACCCACUCCCACAAAACCAUUUUAGCCUUCUUACAUACUGUAUAUAUCCCAGACCCACUUCAGCCUGUCUCGGGGUACAAACAGCACAUAAAGGAAAGGGAGCUAACCACACAAAAAAUAUUUCAUUGCUUAUUGGGUUUUGUAGCAGUAUAAAAAUAGGAAAAAAGACCAGAGAAGGCUCCAGUACCAAAAUACCGUACAAUACAUUUAUUGCCCAAAUAACAAUUGAAAAUCUUACAUAAAAUCCCUGUGAGUUCAGCCAAAGCAACUCACUAAUUGCAAUUGCAAUUAUUCAUAUAACACCAAAAUGUUCUAUAGUGCUGUACAAUAGGUGAACAAGACACGCAUUUAAUACAAUAGAAACAAAACACAUAUAACAUACAAUAGGUGAAGAGAACCUUCUCAAACAAGCUUACAGUCUAAAGAGAUGAGGGACCAACACACAACAGGACAGGAGGGAAUCAAGUAAUCUGAAUGUACCAGAGGAUGAAACUAGCCCUGCAGAUAUCUGAAUGCUAUGGCAGCACUGCAAUUGUUUUUGUUCUAUGUGUAUUGGCUUUAUUAUUAUCUCUCAAUUACUUCUCACUAGUAGCAAAUGCUACUUACAGAUUUCUGGCACGUGAACAGGGGCAGUGAUGACCCCCAUGUACGCUAAUGCCUUUAUGAUCAUCUACAAACUGGAACAUAUCCUUGAAUAUAACGGCCAUUUGUGUUUGUUAUCCUGAGAUUUAUUCACAAUGCAUUUAUUAUAUGCUUGAUGACCUUUGGUACUAAAUUGGUUGGAUUUUUGGACUUACUGACUUUCACUAAACAGGGCUGUCUUGGAUACACACUAUUUAGAAAGAGUACUGACAGGAUCUCCUUACUGAGAGCAGCAUUCACCCAAAGUCACUUAAAAAAUCCAGUAAAUGUAUAUAAGUAUAUCUGUAGUAAAUAAUAGUGUAAGAUUUUAAGGAAGUUUGAAGAAUAUUUUCUUUCAUGCUAUAGUUACCAAUAAAGUGAAUUAUUUACUUGCACAUUGCCCAUGUGGACUUGCUGCCUCUCUACGUUUUGCAAGAGUGGUUGGAAAAUGUGUCUCUGUCUCAUUAAUUUAUCUGCUCCUUAUUUGUGAGUGCAACUUUUCCUAUUCCUCAGUGUUUAUCGAUUUGUGAAUAUGUACUAUUUAUUUUUUUAUGCUUAUGUGUACUAUAAUGUACGUAUUUAUCAUAUUGUGUGUCAUUAUAUAAUUGCAAGUGAGCACAGCCAUAAGAGUGGUAAUUUUAAAGGCACUUUAUGUUUGAAUUAUUUAUGUAACAGCCGCUUGACUACACUGCUAGCAGUGUGCCUUAAGAAAACAAAUCUUCUUCAGUGUAUCCUUAACAUAUCAGUUGGAGUCAUCUUUUUUUAGAUUAUAUACUUUAUGUGAAUAUUGUGGUUACAUGUGUUUUAGAUCAAGCAUGUCAAACUCAAAGUCUAGCACAGGCCAAAUAAACAAGGUUUAAGGUUUAAAAAAACAACUUAAAUUUUCAUAGAAACGUAGGUUAUUAUUUUGAAAAAUACAGUAUAUCAAAAAAAACAACGCACCCCCCUCUACUAAAUCCUAGUCCCUCCCCUCUACUAAAUCCUAGUCCCCCCAUAUACAAAAACAUAGUCCUCCCUCUACUAAAUCCCAGCACCCCUCUCUAGCCAACAAGCAGACUCCACUCACAUUGCCGCUGCCAGUGUGCGACUUCAGAGUCUGGCCUCUGGUGUACCCCAAAUGGCGCCGUCUGCACCCUGUGCCAAAGCAGAUCCUCCUGCUGCUUCUUAAAACCCUGGGAAGGUGGAGCAUGUUGCUGUCAUGCUGCAAUGUGACUUGGCAUUGCGUGCCUUCGUGCACCUCCAGGUCCUCCACUGUCCAGCCGCGGCCAUCGCAACACUGACUGACACACACACACGAUCACUGACAGACACACACACGAUCACUGACAGACACACACACACUCUCUGACAGACACACACUCUGACAGACACACACACACAUUCACAGACAGACUGACACACUCACUCACUCGUGGCUCGAUGUCCAUUUUAGGCCGCGAGUUUGACAUGCUUGUUUUAGAUUGUUAUUUAUGGAGUAUCAGUCAGCUGGUAACCUGGAAAGCUACUUGUGCUGUUUUAGUAGUUUGUUUUUUUUAUCCACACACUGAGAUGGAUUAUAAGUUUUUUUGUUCCCUUAUUGUCUUUCCCAGAAGCACUUGCUUUGCGUGUUUUUUCUAUUUGUUUUGCUAUAGUAAUUAUUGAUGUUUGGCUAUGAAUACUUGCUUGUUUGUUUGAUACUUUGUUGCCUCACUGUAUUGGUAAUUACUUAUUGCAACAUUGUAUUAUCUGUCCUUUCCCACCAGUAGAGUUCUUGUGUUCCUAGCUGUUCUUCCAGGUAGGUGUUUAAUUGCAGUCACAUGUUUUUCUUUGUUUUUUUUUGGUUUUUUAACACGUGUCUGUGUCUGGUUUUGGUUGUACUGUGGUCUUUAUAAGCUUGGUUUAUCUUGAGAAAGGUCCCUAUUAAAAGACCAAAAUGUUGAGAUUAGAUUUUAAUAAAUGUGUUUUUGCCAAAAGAUCUCAGAGCUCUUCUACUAUGGAUUGCUUCUGUAACCGAAGACUGCACUGAAUCAAGUCCUGAGUGUUUUGCUUUGUAGAGGCACAUAUACAUUUAUAUGCACACAAAGUUAUACGAAUUGAGGUGGCAUGGAGUCAAAACAGGUUCAAUUUAACUCAGUCUGUGCUGAGGGAAUUUACAUUGGCUCUAAAAUAUGCCAUAAAAUUCGAAUUACAAAGACUUUUUUAUAUGCAGAUUGCACAAUAUAUUGAAAGGUAUAGAUGUUACUACUACUUUAACUCAUUAAUUAUUUUCCUUUUCAGAAAACAACACACACUGGGGCCUGGUUAUAGCGGUUUUCCUGUUUGGUUUCCUUGGUUGUGGUUUUCUUCUGCAUUACUACACCUGUAGGAUGACUAACGUAGCCAAAACACCACAUGCAUUGGUAAGAGAUCACUCAUGUUUGAUUUGCUAUUUGACUCCUGUGUAGGGAGGGGGCAAGUACAAAUGAAUUGUCUUUAUUUUUUUCACACAAAACUGUCAGAUCUCUCUGCUCCCAUUGCACAUAUGAUAUAAGGGUUUGACAAAUGGAGGCUACUGGGGUUGAUGGGUGCGACAUCAUGUAUUCAUGUAACCUCCAUCAGUAUAACUUGUACAGCAUUAGGGUACGCUCACAGAAAUGUGUGCAAGCCCAGGUUAUAGAUUCUGUUUCAAAUACUACUCAAUGAGGAACACAACCGUAAAAAUAGACACUUUAUUAGAUAAGUCUACAAAAAGCAAGUAUCGCAAAAUGCAUAUCAGAUAUUCAAAGCAUAAAUCAUGUGACAAUAGUACCAAAAAAAGUACCAAAAAAAAUUACAUCCAAGCAGGAAUUAUAACAAACAGGUUCAUAAGAAACAGAAUAACUACUAAGUCAUAAAGAUACCCGUACAUAACAACCCAACAAAUAAUACAAAUUAAACACAACUAAUUCAUACCAGAAAUAACGAGGAGAGGGGAAAAGUCAACCAGCAAGCCCCCAACGUUUCAGCAGAAAAAAUGCCUUUAUCAAGGGAGCCUGUUAGUUAUCUUUUCUGCCUGGAUGUAAUUGCAGGAUUUUGUGCAUGUUUUUGUACUAUUAUCAUGUGAUUUAUGCUUUGAUUAUCUGUUGUGCAUUUUGAGAUACCUCCUUUAUGUGGAUUUAUUUAAUAAAGUGUCUUUUUAGUUUUAUGGUUGUGCUCCUCAUUGAGUAGUAUUUGUAGAUUUAUUUGGUCCUUGAGGAAUAGGACCUUGUUUGAGUGAGCACCUUGUCUUAUCUUGACUUAUUUUGUUUUCGGAUAUUUCCUUGGAUAGCAUUUGACUGGGUGUGCCUACCUUUUCCUAAUUAAAAUUAUAGAUUCUUUUUCACCUGACUCACUGACAUUAAUGUCUCAUCUAACCUGCAGCCAUUUGGAAGCAUCUCCCCUUGCUCUUAAUCAACAAACAAAUUGAACUGUAAGGAUGCAGUCCACCAUCCCUCUCUCCUAGUGAACUGAGGCACAAUUGCAUCCAGGCCCCUGUGUAUGAAGAAACAAAAUACCAGCCAGUGUAGUAAAGUAAAAGUGUAGUUUAAGCCAGAUAGGUGUUCAUGAUCUGGUUGUUUCCCUUAACUACUGAGCCAAAUGUACACGUUUUGAACAAAACAAAACCUGGCAUUUGCGCUACAUGUCUGUCCAUCCGUAAUUCACCUCUUUCAUAUUAAAUUUACCCACACUUAUUAUAUAUCAUUUUAGUCAGGGGAAUAGGGCUUUCAUUUAAUAUCAAAUAUUUAGCUAUGAAACAUAAUUUAAUAUGAAAAAAGUGGGAGAAAAUAAGAAUUUUUUUUUUUUUUUUAGUUCUACAUGAAAUUUUAACUGUCAAUGUCAUAAUACUGUUUGCUUUUAUUGCAAUAAAAUACACAUAUUUGUAUUCAGCAAAGUCUCACGUGUAAAACAGUACCCCCUAUGUACAGGUUUUAUGGUGUUUUGGGAAGUUACAUUUGAAAUUGAAAUUCGCCAGAUUGGUUACAUUGCCUUUGAGACUGUAUAGUAGCCCAGGAAUGAAAUUUACACCCAUAAUGGCAUACCAUUUGCAAUAGUUGACAACCCAAGGUAUUGCAAAUGGGGUAUGUCCAGUCUUUUUUAGUUGCCAUUUGGUCACAAACACUGGCCAAAGUUAGCGUUAGUAUUUGUUUGUGUGAAAAAUGCAAAAAAUUCAAAUUUUGGCCAGUGUUUGUGACUACAUGGCUACUAUAAAAGACUGGACAUACCCCAUUUGCAAUACCUUGGGUGGUCUACUAUUGCAAAUGGUAUGCCAUCAUAGGGGUAAUUUUCAUUCUUGGGCUACCAUAGGGUCUCAAAGGCAACGUAACCAAUCUGGCGAAUUGUAAUGUGAAAAAUAUGAAACACAAGCCUUAUAUUUGACGCUGUAACUUUUGAAAACACCAUGAAACCUGUACAUGAGGGGUACUGUUGUACUCGGGAGACUUCACUGAACACAAAUAUUUGUGUUUCAAAACAGUAAAAAGUAUCACAAUAAUAUCGUCCGUGUAAGUGCUGUUUGUGUGUGAAAAAGGCAAAAAACUUCACUUUUACUGGCGAUAUUAUCGUUGUAAUACAUUUUACUGUUUUGAAACACUAAUAUUUGUGUUCAGCGAAGUCUCCCGAGUAAAACAGUAACCCCCAUGUACAGGUUUUAUGGUGUCUUGGAAAGUUAUAGGGUUAAAUAUAGUGCAAGCAAAUUAAAUUCCCUAUACUUUCGAUAUGGGUUGUCAGGCAGUUCCCACUAAUUGUAAUUAAUUAAAAUACCCAAUUAUGUAAAAAUAUUACAUAAAUAUAUAUGUAGAAUUAAUAUAUGUAUAUAUAUAUAUAUAUAUACACGUAUGUGUGUGUGUGUAUAUAUAUAUAUAUAUAUAUAUAUAUAUAUCAUUUUUUAAAAUAUUUUUAUUUAUAUAAAGGUAUAUAUAGUGAUAUAUACAUACAUAUAUAUUAAUGUAUAUAGAUAUAUAUAUUCGUUCUACGUGUAUUUUGAUAUAUAUAUAUAUUAAUAUCACAAUACAGUUAGAACAAAAUAACACACAUCUAUAUAUUUUUUAAUUAUGUAUUUUUUGUUAUUUUUAAUUUUUUUACGUAUUUACAUUUUUUUAAUUAUAUAUAAAUAUAUAUAUAUAUAUAACAAUAAUUAUAUAUAUAUUUAAUCAGUAUCAGUCUACGUGUAAUUUGAUAUUAAUAUAUAUAAUUAUAAAUAUAUUAAUAGUAAAAUACAGCUAGACAGUGUAUGUGUGUAUGUAUAUGUGUGUGUGUAUAUAUAUAUAUAUAUAUAUACACACUUAGAUCAUCUAUAUAUAUAUAAUAUAUAUAGAUGAUCUAAGUAUAUAUAUAUAUAUAUAUAUUUUUACACUUAUUUUAACUUUAUUUUAUUUAAUUUCCAGCCAGCAGGGGACUAACUGUCUUAACAGGCAGUCCCUCUGCUGGCAAUGCAGCAGCCAGCUAACCCGGCCAUGUGAUUGUGAGGUCCUCGCAAGGACCUCACUCUCACAUGGCCAGGGGGCGGGAGGCAGGAUCCUCCGUGGAGGACUCCCUGGCAUCGCCGGCGACCGGGUAAGUAAGAAAAACCAGAGGGCAUACUAUUACGUCCUGUGGCGUUUAGAGCCGCUUAGAAUAGGGCGUAAUAGUACGCCCUCCGGUUUUAAGGGGCUAAGUAUUAUGCUAUGGGGAUCAGACAUCCAAAAACAUGAUAUGUUAUCAUGUUUGUUAGAAUAGAUAAUUUCCACCCAGUACAUGCGAAUAUUACCCUAUAUAUUCAAAUCAGUCCCAUUGUUUGCUGUUUUUCUUGUGAACUAACACACAAUUAUCACUGAUUUAACAGAGAGGCUUAUCAUAUGGAGGUCAAUGCUUUAGAUCUACACAAUCCAAUAUUCCCAGGCUGAAGAAAGACAUUAGACUAGAUUGGGGUAGGCAACCUUCGGCAUUCCAGAUGUUGUGGACUGCAUAUCACUUGCCUUGCCAGCGGUAUGGUUGUAAGAGCAUUAUGGGGGACGUAGUCCACAACAUCUGAAGUGCCAAAGGUUGCCUACCUCUGGAAUAGAUUCUCUUGGAAGAACAAUGGUUUUCUCUGCUUACUAAAUAUUAAUUUCGUUUUCCCAUGACCUUUAAUGGAGGAAUUGCUCAAGCAGGGUAAAUUCUUACUCUGCUCAGACUAGCCAGCCCAUGUUGUUUAUCUACAUAAACUGGAAUGUUGCUUUUUAUUUACAGGUUGCAGAGACUUGGCCUUUUCUUUGAAUUUUUAUAUAUAUAUAUAAAUUUAGUAAAUCUCACAAAACCAAUUUUCUUAGUUUUUAAUUUUGUUAUAUUUUCUUCUGCAAUGCCCAAUUCAAAUCUGUAUAUUUUCAUCAUGCAUUUGCAACUUUUCCAUUUUCUGUAUCCCAUCUAUUUUCUUUUAUUAUACCUGUCCCUUAUCUUCCUACUAUUAUUAACUCACCACUAUAGCUAUAUAACUGUGUGAAUCAUACUUCAUUUUAUAAUACAUGCUCCACAUCCUAUCUGCAUGUCCCAUUUGGGGGUUAUUUCCAAUAAAUAGAAAAAAUGGUAUGAAAUAGACACAAAUAGUACCUGGUAGAUGCAAUCUAGUUGGAAAGAUGGGGAUAUUGAAUAACAAAUUAGUAGCAGCUUAUUAAGUUUAUACAAAUGUAUCCAGUGUCUCAGGCGGCUUUAUUGAAUACAGGCCAAUUAGGCCAAUUAGAUCACUGGCUUUAACAAUAGUUGCUACUAAAUAAAAUUGGGGAAAUGCAAAUGAGGAGGUGUAAAUCUUUGAUGGCUGAAUCCCCCUCAGUCCCACUUGAAUAAAAUAAUUAAAGUAGUAUAGGCUGCAAUAGUAUAGGCUGCAAUAUCUGGAUAGUUACUAAUUAAAUAUAGCUAAUACAAGUGGAGAUAUAAGAAACAGGGGGGAACAAAAGAUAUCUAGAAUUGAAAAUCGUGUUGCAACAUUUUGACCAAAAUAGCUGCAUUGUUUUCCAUCUUGACUACUUUGGAUUCAGUUUUUGUAAUUCAGUGUUCAAUUUCUCAUGACAUAGUUGCCAACUGUCCUGUUUUUGCCAGGACUGUCCUGGCAAGUUGGAGAUUGUCCCGGGUAAUUUACUCUUCUGGGACAGUCCCGGCACCCCCCACCCCCGCACUGUGUUUGCUGACCGCCAUUGGCAGUAUCAGUGUCUAUCAAGAUUCAGGAGAUGUAUGAGAUGUGCCUACUCACACUGCUCUGAGGAGAGGAGCCUGUAGUGGGUGGGGCGUGUGAUUUCCCUUCCCAUCAUACCCUGCUAGAGAUUAUCGAGCCGGGAGAGCAGUGAGAGGCACUUUCCAUCCACUUACACCACCAACGGUAAACAGCAAUGUUUUAUUUUAUAUUUUAUUAUGAAAUAAUUAUGUAUUUAGAAUAGAGCUCCACUGAGCUAAAUCUUAUAGUUUCUGUGGAGCUCUGUUUUAUUGCUGCCACAGUGCCACCUUAUUUAUAUUCCUCUUAUGUAUUCCUCUCUCCCCAUCACUAACAGCCAUCCCCCUUCCCCACAUCACUAAUAACCACCGCCCCUCUUCCCAUCACUAACAGCCAUCCCACCUCUCCCCAUCACUAACAGCGACCCCCCUCAACCCUCCAUCACUAGCAGCCAUCCCCCUCUCCCCAUCACUAACAGCCACCCCCUCUCUCUGUUACUAGCAGCCAUCUACCCUUUCCUCAUUACUAGCAUCAAUCCCCCUCUCUCUGUUACUAGCAGACAUCCUUCUCUCAACCCUAUCACUAGCAGCCAUAUCCUUCUCCCCCACUACUAGCAGCCACCCCCACCCCCACUCCCUUCAUCCCUAGCAGCCAUCCCACUCUCUUCCCAAUCACUAGCAGCCAUCCCCCUCUAUCCCACCUCACUAGCAGCCACCCCCUCUCUUUUUCCCUCCCAUCACUAGCAGCUAUCCCCCUCUCUCACUCUUUCACUAAGAUCCAUCCUUCUCACUACCCCAUAACUAGCAGUCAUCCAUCUCUCUCCCUCCCAUCACUAGCAGCUAUCCCCCUCUCUCACUCAUUCACUAAGAUCCAUCCUUCUCACUACCCCAUCACUAGCAGCCAUAUCCCUCUUUCCCCCCAGCACUCUGUAUGUCUUUUUUCUGUAUGUCUAUUUAUGUUCGGGUCGGUCUCUGUAUGACUGUCUCUGUAUGACGUGUCCGUAUGUCUAAGACAAAGGGGCAAAAUGGGGUAAGACAGCAUAUCUUCUGUGUGUAUGUGCCUGCUAGUGAGAAAGCUUGUGUGUGUCACUGAGCUUGUUUGCAGGAGCUUGUGUGUCAGUGUACUGCUAUGUAUUUCCAGUCUGACCCCGUUAGUAAGUGUGCUGUACUUACGAAUCACUUUCUUUAUCUCGGAAAGUCAUGUGACACCCAUGCAGGUCUAUGUGAGCUGCCACUCACAUCAGUCUGCAUUGCCACGCGCAUGUGGGGCUGAUGUCGACAAGUACUAGAAGUCUAGAGAUUGGGACAUGGGGUAUGUGCUCAGCUAUCUGUAUGAUACUAUAGUGUGUGUAUAAUAACCCUUGACAGUCAGUGCUCCCUGUAUAGUGCUGCUCUCUGUAUAAUACAGGUGUGUGCAUAAUAUAACGGGCCAGUCAGUGCUCUCUGGGCCACUAUAGUGCUCUCUCUGUAUGAAAACAGGUCUGAGUAUAAUAUCCUGGGACAGUCACUGCCCCCUGUAUAGUGCUGUUCUCUGUAUAAUGUAGGUCUGUGUGUAUAAUAUCCAGGGACAGUCAGUGCCCCCUGCAUAGUGCUGUUCUCUGUAUAAUGUAGGUUUGUGUGUAUAAUAUCCAGGGACAGUUAGUGCUCUCUGUAUAAUGUAGGUCUGUGUGUAUAAUAUCCAGGGACAGUCAGUGCCCCCUGCAUAGUGCUGCUCUCUGUAUAAUACAUGUAUAAUACCCGCAGACUCCUGGAACUAGAGGAAUCAGAAGCAGUGGAGUGGUGACUGAAGCCUCAAUCUGAGACAUUUAACAUGUUGAAUUGGUGGCAUGAAAAGGGGCUAAUGGAAUAUGUGCAUGUGUUUUCCUUGUGCUCCCAUUUCUCUAAUUAAUUCCAUUCUGUAAAUUCUACUUCUAUAUCUUUCAUUUCCUAUUUGCAGCUUUUUUUUUUUUUUUACUAUAUUCACUCCCCAAUAUAAUUAUUUUUGUGAAUCAAUGUAUGUUCUGUGGUAUAGAUAAUGACAUAUAGCUCUCUGACUGAAGCACAUCUGCACAAGGUCUUUCUAUAUUUGUACUUGUACUUUGUGUCACCACUGAUACCCAACUCCCCUAAAAGUGAUAAAAUGUACCUGCCUGAUUUAGAUGCUGUGCUGUGCCAAGGAUGCAUGGUACUGUUGGUGGGAACUUGGUGUUAUAAAGGUCUACUCAAUAAAGAGAGAAUUGCAGGGAAUGAAAUGGGAAACUUUAGGCCGAAGUAGUGCAGCUGCAAGGGAUAAUUUUUCCAACUCAGCUACUUUGGCCUUAAGUUUGAAACUCCCAUCUCAAUUCCAUGUAAUUCUCUCUUUAUUGAGUAGACACUAUAAAUGGGCAGAGAUUAGUUAUGUGGGUUAGACAGAGUAGGAGGAGCUUUGCAGCAGUAGCUGUGGCAAAUUUUCAAGGUAAUAAUUUAUAGCUGUGCUGCAAAGUGUCCCUGGAAAUAGUUUUUCAAAUAUUGGCAACUAUGUAUGACUCACUUUUUAGUGAAGAAAUACCUUUUGUCCCUUAUUCAUCCUUAUUGAUCCAUAUUCAUAUGUUUCAAACCCAUCUCUUGAAAAGACCAGUCCUUAGGAAACAAAUUUUGGAUUAUGAUUUAAAGGAACACUAUAGUCAUCUAAAUUACUUUAGCUAAAUAAAGCAGUUUUAGUGUAUAGAUCAUUCCCCUGCAAUUUAACUGCUCAAUUCACUGUCAUUUAGGUGUUAAAUCACUUUGUUUCUGUUUAUGCAGCCCUAGCCACGCCUCCCCUGGCUAUGAUUGACAGAGUCUGCAUGAAAAAAAAAACUGGUUUCACUUUCAAACAGAUGUAAUUUACCUUAAAUAAUUGUAUUUCAAUCUCUAAAUUGAACUUUAAUCACAUGCAGGAGGCUCUUGCAGAGUCUAGCAAGCUAUUAACAUAGCAGGGGAUAAGAAAAUCUUAAUUAAACAGAACUUGCAAUAAAGAAAGCCUAAAUAGGGCUCUCUUUACAGGAAGUGUUUAUGGAAGGCUGUGCAAGUCACAUGCAGGGAGGUGUGACUAGGGUUCAUAAACUCCUAAAUGGCAGAGAAUUGAGCAGGGAGGCUGCAGGGGCAUGUUCUAUACAUCAAAACUGCUUCAUUAAGCUAAAGUUGUUCAGGUGACUAUAGUGUCCAUUUAACAUUGCACCAUUGUACAACUCUACGGAAUUUGCUGGUGCUUUAUAAAUAAUUAAUAAUAAUAUAUUCAUUAUAUAUUUUUUUUAAAUCCAUGUAUGACACGUAUUUAGUGGUUGUUAGUAAUAUAUAACCUUUUAUUGCAUUUUAGUUGUAGUUUAACCUACUGCACCUUUUUAUCACAUCACUGGUGCUGAGAGCCCUUUUGAACUCUUUAUAGGAGUUACAUGUACCAUCAGCAAAGUCUGUUCAGCUAGGUGAAAAGAAAAUUGGCCUUGAAAUGUGACCAGCCAAGUCUUUGCAUGGGAAGGCAAAGGAUAAUAAUACCAGUACAACAUGUUUGCAAAAUAAAUGUAAGCAUUUUAUGGGGAGAAAAAAUUCUCUCAAAGCUUUCUAGAAUAGUGCAAGUCAGUAUUCCACGUACUACCACGGGCUGAGUAUUUAACCAUAUCAAAAUAUGGUUGUUGUGUCCAUUAUUAUUUGCCGGCUUAUUAAUGAACUGCAGGGAAUUUGAAGCCUACUUUAUCAGAUUUCAGUGAUCAUUGACUUUGUUUAUUACUUGCCUUGAUUUAACGUAUAUAUUGUUGUUGUUUUUUUAUUCCAUAGGAUUUUGCAAACUACAAGCCUUUCUUUGUGACUCCAGAUGCUACCUUGGAGGACUAUGAUAAGUUUACUGUGACAGAAAAAAAGAAGCCACAUUCCAUUAUAAUUUCACUUUCUACUGGACAUACAGGUGUUUACGAUGAUUACCUAUCAUGUGGUUUUGGUUACACCGAGAAACAUAAAAAAAAAGAAUUGCAAUCUAAAAUGGGAGACUCUACCGGUUACACGCAAGCACCCAAUGGAAGCACACUAUCAUAUCACAGUAGUGAUAGUAGUUCCUCAUCUGAUUUUAGCUUUGGAGAAUAUUCAAGGAAAUCAGACCCAACAAUUCCUUUAACAUUGGAUAAUGUCAAAAUUAAAGGUGAAAUAGUUGUUGAAAAGGGGAAUCAGCUGGAGAUUAGCAAUCAAAAAUCCAAUGUAGAAAGAUCUCCAGGAAUCUCACAGUUUAUGGAAAACCAAGAAAAUGUUCCAUUAGACUCACUGUGGAUAGCAGACCAAUGUGCACAGAAGCAAUCUUCAGAUUGUGAAUCUUAUGACCAAUUCUCCUCAGAUAAUGAAGACUCCCAUGAACAAUCAAAUGAAGAUCUUACCAUAUACAGAAUUUCUGACAGUUUGUACAAUACAAGACAGAAACCCAGUAGAUGCACUGGCUAUGGACAGAGGGGUUAUACAGCAAGAGACUGCUGAAUGACUAAAAUUAUUUAUUCAUAUAUUGUUCCAGAUUGGAACACUGGAUAGAAACCUCUGUGAGGUGGAGUUUGACUGACACUCUUAUUUAAAAGCUAAUUAGUGUUGUUUUUUUUAUUUUCUUUGUUUUUAACAUGUGGUCAUUACACAAGGGUAUGCAGGUUAGUGUUUUUAGAAUUUUAGUUGUAUGAGUGGAAAAUAAAAGAUGUCAUAAAUUAUUAAAGAUAUUCAAAGAUGA